UUUCCUUGCGUGUUCCAAGAUGGCGGCUUCCACAGGGCUCCUCAGAGUCUGGGGACGUCGCCUGAGUUUGGGGGUCCCCGCGCGCAGGGCAUUCUGGGGAGGGCAGAGGAAGAAGGAAGGGGAUUCAGAGACAGUAGACCCACCUGUUGCAAUGAAAGAGGAACCAGCUAUGGUUUGCCCUCCACUUCGAAGCAAAAAAUACCUUCCUCCAGAAGAUCUCCAGAGCCGUCUAGAGUCUCAUGUCAGAGAGAUCCUUGGAUCCUCAGUCUCCAGGGACUGGCAAAAGGCUUCGCUGGGAGACAGCAAUUUAAAGUAUCGCCUGUUAGCUCAGUUGGCAGAUGAUCUGGGCCAUGCUGUCCCUAAUUCCAAACUCCAUCAAAUGAAGAGUGCCAGAGACGUCUUGGCUUUCUACAGCAUACCUGUGAAAGACAUCUCCAAGUUUGAUGAGUUAAGCACACAGGAGCUUCCCCCAAACUUGAGGAUCCAUUGGCAGUACUGAGCCUUUAAGGAGAGUCAGGAUGGAAAUACCAUGGUGAAUUCUUACCUAUGUAACAGCAUCAAAAUAGCUCAGAUAUGACUUGUGUUUCCCAGAUUUUCAGAGUUCUGUUAGUGCCUUUUACAAAUGUUCAACAACGGUAGUGGCACUGUGGGAUUCCCCGACAUAGAUAAUUCAAGAUUAUCCUUAAUUUGUGGGGGACAGUCACUUCUUUGGGCCAGUCAUUGUUAAAGGAAAUGGUAACCACUGAAAUGAAAUACAAGAAAACAAUUGAGCUUUGAUUUCCCCAUUUUCUUUCUACACUUGUUGACUCUGCUACCUUUGCUUAUGUUAUUUAAAGGAAUCUCUUGCUCAGAAAUAUCAACCAAAUAAAAUAGUGUGUAUUGUUAGAUUUUUUAAAGCACUGGCCUCAUGUCUGAAGAGAUAACCUUGUCUUAUUUAGAAGUGAGAUGAAGAAAUAGACAUCACCUCCUCCAUUUCAAACGGUUGUGUAUGCAAAGCUCUUUUGUUAACAUCAUUUUGUUCGCUACUCCUAAUGUGUAGAUAACUUGAUAAAUAAUCAGGAAAGAUAGGCAGUGUUUCUCGUCUUUCAUUAGUAAUGUAUGUCAAGAAAAUAUUGGAUAUCUUUUGUAAGAAAA